AUGAGCGCCGAACGCGAAACAUCAGCCGCUCAAAAUGUCACGAUUGACCUGGAAAGGCUUUCCGACUUGAGUUUGACUAGCUACAACAACUUGCAAUCGUCCUUCUUCCGAUCAUGCUCGCCAGAAGAAAUUGUGCCGCGACUACCACCACCAGACGAAGUUCUCCAAGCACUCUCCGGAAGGGGCUACGGAAUUGUUACAUUUGAGCAUCUCAGACUGGUCGUAAAGUAUGGUGGUCCCUCGGAGGUUCGACUGGAAGGAGCGGUUGCAAUGCAGGCAGUCCAGCAGGCCUUCCAAACAGGGGACGUCCCGGUGCCAGAGCUGUUCGGUUGGCGAGUCCACGAAGGGCUCAACUUCAUCUAUAUGAGCUUGGUACCUGGCAUUACACUGAGCCAGGUUUGGACCGAUCUUGACCAAGCUGAGAAGUCUUCAGUUGCAAGCGACCUACGACAGAUUGUGGUGAAGCUGAGGUCUGUCACUCGUUCUUCAGAUCAACAACUUAUUGGUAUGUAUUUGCGCCAUGGCUCGACAAAUAUCGAUGCCUGGUACUGACUUAUCACUAGGUUCCAUCAACGGAGGCGCUGUUCUAGACAACUUCUUUCGCGGCACCAAGGAGGGCGGCCCAUACGAUAGUGUCCGCGAGUUCAACAAUGCGCUUUCGUCCGCUGCGGUGCCAGAAAUCUUAGCAGUAGGAGACGGAUUCGAGGACCCAUAUCGCGAGCUGCUAGGCGACGAGCAUCCAGUCUAUCUGUGCCACGCUGAUCUGAACCUGACCAAUGUCAUGGUGAGCGGCAGUGCUGGCUCGCGCUCCGUCUCAGGUAUCAUAGACUGGGACCAAUCGGGAUGGUAUCCAGAGUACUGGGAAUAUUGUAAAAUGGCCAUCAGUAUCCAUUACGAGCACGAGUGGCGGACCGCUAGCUAUCUGGACCUCGUCACUGGAGCCUUCGAGGACGAGUUCUUAGCGUUGGCGGAGUACACGUCCUGGCGGGGUUUUUGA